AAGCAACAAUUUGUGAAUCUCCCACCUUUUACCGUUUGAAGGUCGUUGAAAAACCUCCCCCCAUUUCCUCAAUUCAGUCCCUAAUCCAAAAUUCCCCUCAAAUCCACACACCUUUCUAAUUAUUUCCCCAUCUGCGAUCCUCAUUCUCAAUUUCUAUCUCACAAUCCCACAUCAACUGCCCCGAUUCUGUUAUGUGGAGGUGGAAUCGAGGGCUAUAGUUUUGCUCAAGGGCUGACAACAGGAAAUGGGUGGGAUUUCGAAGCGGAUCGUGCCGGUUUGCGACAGCCUCUGCGUCUGUUGCCCGGCAAUGCGUCCCCGAUCGCGCCACCCCGUCAAGCGCUACAAGAACCUUCUCGCAGAUAUAUUUCCUAAAAAUUUGGAUGAAGAACCCAAUGACCGAAAAAUCAGUAAAUUGUGUGAAUAUUGUUCCAAAAACCCUCUACGAGUACCCAAGAUUACAAGUUUACUUGAGGAAAGAUGCUACCGGGAACUGAGAAAUGAAAACAUCAAGUGUGUUAAAGUUGUCAUAUGUAUCUACCGGAAGUUGAUUAUAUCUUGCCAGCAGCAGAUGCCUUUGUUCGCUGGUAGUUUCCUCAGUAUCAUUCACAUCUUGCUUGAGCAGACUAGGCAGGAUGAAAUACGAAUCAUUGGUUGCCAAGCUCUUUUUGACUUUGUAAAUAACCAGAAGGAUGGUACCUAUAUGUCAAACUUUGAAGGUCUGAUUCCAAAACUCUGCCUUCUAGCUCAAGAAAUGGGAAAUGAUGAAAGGAUAUCACAACUACGAUGUGCUGGGCUUCAAGCACUCUCUUCUAUGAUUUGGUUCACGGGUGAAUUUAGUCACAAGUCAACGGAACUUGACAAUGUUGUUUCUGCUGUCCUGGAAAAUUAUCAAGACACUGAUAAGGAGACCAAUUUUUCAAAUAAUAGCACCCAGGGAAAACAAAUGCCUUUGUCAUCAGAUAUCUUGAAAAGAGAUAUUUCUUGGAGAAGGAUUGUUAAUGAAAAAGACUAUUAUACCACAUCAGAUAGAGGUUGCCCUAAAUUCUGGUCAAGAGUCUGCUUGCUUAACAUGGCAAAGUUGGCGAGAGAGGCUACAACAGUGCGGCGUGUUCUUGAAGCUUUGUUCUGUCACUUUGAUCGCAACAAUCUUUGGUGUCCUGAUCAUGGGCUUGUCCUUCCAGUGCUUCUGGAUAUGCAAUCAAUAAUGGAGAACUCUGGGCAUAACACUCAUUUCUUGCUAUGUGCUGUGAUCAAGCAUCUCGAUAAUAAGAAUGUUCUGAAAAACCCAAAUAUGCAGAUAGAUAUUGUUCAAGUUGCUAUCUCCCUGGCUCGAGUAACAAAGGUCCAGCCGUCUGUGCAGAUUAUUGGAGCGUUUAGUGACAUGAUGAGACACUUGCGGAAAAGCUUACAUUACACUCUUGAUGACUCAGAAUUGGGAGAUGAAGUUAUUCGAUGGAAUAAAAAGUUUUACGCUGUUAUCGAUGAGUGCCUUGUUCAAUUGUCUUAUAAGGUAGGAGAUGCAGUGCAUAUCUUGGAUGCUAUGGCUGUGAUGAUGGAGAGCAUUUCAAGCACGACAGUUAUGGCUAGAAACACCAUUUCAGCUGUCUACCGUGUCGCACAAAUUGUAGCAUCCAAACCAAAUAUAUCGUAUCAAAACAAGGCUUUUCCUGAAGCAUUACUCCAUCAAAUACUUUUGGCCAUGGUCAGUUCAGACCAUGAGACAAGGCUGGGAGCUCAUCGCAUAUUUUCAGUUGUACUUGUCCCUUCAUCUGUCUGCCCACAAAGACAUGCUGAUUUAGAGAGGACACUUUCCAGAUCUGCUUCUGCAUUUUCUUCUUCUGCUGCUUUAUUCGAGAAAAUAACAAAAGAAAAUGGUUUACCCCUAAAUGUUGUUGACCAAGCUGAUGACAUUUUAAAUUCUACGGAAGAAAAUCCCAAAGACCAAUCCUUACUUACUCGACUUACAUCCAGCUAUAGUAGAAAGCCUACUUUCAAGAGACAUUCUCUACCUCCAAGUUUGAGUAAUGUGGAGAAGGAACUGAAAGGAAUAUCUCUGAAGUUAAAAAGCCGGCAAAUAAGUCUCUUGCUUUCUUCGAUCUGGGUACAGGCGAUCUCCCAUUUGAACACUCCUUCAAACUAUGAAGCAAUUGCACAUACAUACAGCUUGGUAGUGAUAUUUUCACAAAACAAGAAAACAAGUAUUGACAUCCUCAUUCAAAGUUUCCAGCUAGCAAUUUCCUUAAGGAGCAUAUCUCUUCAAGGAGGCUCACUUCCACCAUCUCAACGAAGAUCGCUUUUCACCUUGGCUACAUCGAUGGUCAUUUUCUUAUCAAAAGCCUACAGUUUUCUUUUUCUUGCCACCCAUGCCAAGUCUGCCUUAAGGGAUGAAAUAAUUGAUCCUUUUCUCCGCUUGGUAGAUGACAGCAAGUUACAAGCUCUAGAUCAAAAAAUAGUAGUUGGUGACAUGGUAAAAAACUAUGGGUCAAAGGAAGAUAAUGAAGAUGCAUUAAAGUCGCUAUCCAUGAUAAAUAUCAGUGAUGAGCAGUCUCCAGAAUUUUUCGCUUCCAUGAUUUUGAAAGCUAUGGAGAAGCUAUCUGAUGAUGAUUUAUUCAACAUAAAGGAGCAGUUGCUUAAAGAUUUUAUUCCUGAUGAUAUUUACCCGCUGAAAGUGCAGCUAAAUACAGAAACUUCUGGGCAAACCUACCAACUGGGUUCAAAAGAACUUGCUGAGGUGGAGCAUUCGAUAUUCUCAACAAGUGAUGACUGCCCAACUGAGUCAUUUGUUAGCCGAACGGAUUCAUGCUCCCAGUUGACACUGGGAAGUCCCAAUCUACUGGGUGUUGAUCAAUUUAUGAAUAUGGUCUCAGAGACGACAAAAGAGGUUUCACAACUUUCAUUCAAAGCCCCCUCUGACAUGCCAUUCAAGGACAUGGCAAGCCACUGUGAAGCUCUUCAGAUUGGAAAGCAGCAAAUCAUGUCAAACUUCCUGGGUAGCCCGUUGACUGAAGACAGAUUAAGCUCCUGUAGUCAGGACAGUGCCCAGACACAUGACGUGUUGCCUCAAUCAUGUCUUGAGCCAGGAGAUAUAACAAUGCAACUGCCCAGUGCUGUUCCGGGGAGUUGCGUAGCUGAAUCUCAAGACGUUUCUGAGCUGCUUCAUUUGCCAGUUUCGAGUCCGUACGACACUUUCUUGAAGGCUGCCAGUGGUUGACACACCUCUGUGUGUAGUGGAGGUGCAAAAUCUUGAUUAUUAUGCAAAGCAUACAUAUAGAGGAAGGAUAUAUAUAUGUACAGAUAUCUGUGGCAUGGUGAUUUAAUUCAUUAUAAGGGUCUUUCAUUUCAUCGCAAAGAUUUGUCAAUGCCUGCCAGAAGGAUUGCGGCUGCGGGGUGAAGGGUACCUCAAAUUUCUCAAACACUAGAAUGGCGAAUGGUUGUUGAUUGUAUAUUUCUUUUACUGUGUUUUUGGCGUGAGAAAUUUGUAAAACUGUAAAAUGUGUGCCCAACGCAUUAGUUGGGAUUGGAAGUAUUCAUCAUUUAAUAUCAAUUCAGUUAUUAUUGUUUUCUUUUUA